GCUGCAAGCUUCAUAGCGUUGGUUUCUGUUGCAACCAGUCGUAAAAAAUGAUAGCUUAACCUCUCAUUGCAGGAUUUCCCCGUUUCUUUCUGAUCAAAAAUUAAGCAAAAGUCGAUCUAUUUAGGAAUCCUGAAAAUUUUCCGUGAACACCGCACGCAAUGAAUCAAUUCAAGCAGAUCUUCGGCUCGCUUCCACGUCAUGUCCCAUCGAACUCGGUCGCCGGCGGCGUCGCUGCUUCCGGAUGCCAGACUGAGGGCAUAUUCAGAAGCGCUCGCCAUCAGUAUCUUCGGACCUGCAGCCUACCCCGAAACGUGCAGUCGGCCACGUUCGUCGACGAUCGAGGACCUCGGCACUGCCGGCGAAUCAACGAUGAGGGCACGCAGGCCUUCUUGUACGGUAGACCGAAACUCGCGCUCUUCCACAAUCGGAAUUCGUCGAUGGACAGAGUGGGUGAUUUGGACGGACCGUUUCAUCGUCCGAACAAUAUGAACUGCCAUGGCAAGCCCGGAUUCGACCGAAAAACUUUGAAGACCGAGGCCUACAGGUCCGACGGCGCUCGUCACAUCCAGUCGACGAUUUCCUCGUCCAAGUCGAGAACGUACGCGAACAUGAUCGCCGAGUACAGCGAAGCGAUGGAGAAGAAGAAGCACGCAAAGAAGAGCGAAAAAUCCCCGAGAGGACUACUCGCGAGGCUGCCGUUCGAAUCGGUCGUCUCGUCGUUGACCAUGCUCGAGCGUACGAAGCUGAGCAAAGGCAGAGUAGGCGCGUCGAACAGUCUCGCAGCGGUGGCGAAUCGCCCCGGAAAGGAAUACAGUCACGCGCUCACCGAUACAAGCGCCAAGACUGAUAAGAGAAAGGCGUCGCCUACUGUCAAGAAGGACCCGCAGAAGCGCGAUUACUUCACCAAGAACGGAGAAAGUCCGGGGAGGUUGCACAGCGAUUUCGAUUUCGUCCGCGGAUACAGAGAGAUCGAAAACGAAAAGGAGAAUUUCGCCUCCAGAUGGAUUCAUCCGAAAAGUACCAAAUCGAAAAAGAGUUCUAUGAGCAUAACCAUCGACGACCUCGCAUCGUCGAAGGCAAGAGACAUCGAAAGGAGAAAAUUUAAAAAGCUGAACGUUCUGACGUCGGAUGGCAACAUGGAAAUAAAAAUACCCGUGUACGAUUGUUUAGAGAGCGAGAAAAAAUUGGACUCUGGAACGUUGGUUAAAUCGCGAAAAAAAUUUCGGGAAUUCACCGCUGCCUCUAAUAAUCCCUGUGUCGUAGCCAAACUCGCAACCCCGACUGAAAGCGGAAGAAAUGCCCAGUCACCGCCCAAAGCAUCGGAGUCCACAAAUUUCAAUAAGCCCCCGAAAUCACUUACGCCGCGUCAAUCUUCGACAAGGAGCAACAAAGCGCUGCCUUGGUGGGCGUCACUAGACUGCAUCUCCGGCACCAACAACAACAAGCCGAGAUCUCCGCCAAAAAGACCCACGUGUCUGAACGACGUCCAUGCAUCCUCGAGCCCGACCAUUCAAGCCCUCGUCAGCGAGCAAGUGUCGCAAAUUGAUAAACCUGCGGAGUCGCAAAGAUCGACGAGACGCGGGAGAAGAAUGACGAGCAUCGCCAAGAUCACGCGACACAUCGAAGAAGAGCUCGAGGACAGGAGGAGGCAGGAGACGAGAAGGACAUCGAUCGACAAGACGAGCGUGCCCGAUGAAAAAUCGAUUCGGGACUCGGGCGGCGUGACAAAAUCGGCGAAGCUCCAGCAGAAAAAAGCGGGAGCGGCCUCGUCAGGUGCCCCUGUCAUCGCCGGCUCGAGGGUGGAUGAUAAGAAAGAGGCGGUGGAAAGACGAAAGAAGCGACUCGCCGUUGUAUUGGCGAACAAACAGGAGGACAAAGGUGCGGGAUCGGCGAACGACGGAAAUUUGAAAAGCGUCUUGAGUAAGAUGGACAAGAAAUUCACACCGAGCAUACGUUUACUGCAGGACGUGGUUAAAGCGUUGAGCAAAAAAUCGAACGAAUCCGACCGAGGAAAAUCUAACUUUACCGUGACUUCGGAAACGACGGACAAGGAGGAGAUGAUAGAUCACAGGUACAAGGUCAAAAGAAUCUCGGACGCGCUGCGGCCCAUCGAGAAGAAGAAAGACGGAACUCUGAUCGAUUACGGCUUGAAGGUACCAACGCGAAAGCCGAGAAAGCGGUCGGAAAAAUCGACAGUCGUCGAGAGCAUCCCGAAGAAAACGAUUUUCGCGCCCCAUCAGCAGCAACAGCAGCCAACUGUCGAACUAUCCCAGAGAAAAUCGGCGAUUCCACCGAAGCCAACUGUCUCAAAAAAUUUCAAUCCAGUCCCGCAGUCCAGGAGCGAAAUGCCCUUAACUAAAACGUCAAAGUUAAGCUCGGCUAACGAUCGGUUGGGGCUUCAAUCAAAACAGAAACCCGCAAUUAGAGCGGAGAAUCUGGCGGAUAAGAAUCGGGGAAAGCCCGGCGGUGGUCUCGCAUCCGGAAAAUCGGAUAAUGGCAGUUGCGUUGGUGGUCCGCUCGAUCGUAAGAACAACAAGAGCGAGCGCGAGGGUAAUUGCGCCGCGAGGAGUAGCUUAGCUAAUGGGGCCAACAGCGUGCUGACGUUCUUCAAGUCCGAACAGAUGCUCGACGCGAAGAACGCCAUGAGGGCCGAAAUGGAUGUUUGCGGGAAUCAAUCGGCGCAGCAGCCCGUCGACUCGGACAUCAGGCCGGAGAAGGAACUGAUCUACUCGGCUUGGCUGAACCGAUUCCACACGAGGAAACACACCAGGACCAUCAAGUAAACGAUCGAUCUCGGACGAGAGGAAACUUUACCCGACCAAUUUUCACGUGCUCAUGAAGAGGGGAGAAUCUACAGGUAUAAGCGCAUCGGGAGAAAACGCGGCCAGCGUGUAAAUUUGAACAAGACGUUGCGGGAGAACGAGAGAGAUAGAGGGAAACCGAGAAAUGGCCGGCGCAGCGAAUUCUCCGAAAGACGCGAGAUUUGUGGUACCAGCAUGCGCGCGCUCACUCUAUAACGUCCCUUUUUAACGAGGUCUCGAGAGCCUCUCUCUUGGAUGCGCUGCAGCAUCUCUCGGCGCUCGGGCCCUUGGGGCCUUUUUCGGGGUCAGCACUGCAAGAGGAAAAGAUCAGAGAGCGCGAUAUAUAGGCCUGUUUGGGAACUCCCCUCUCUCUCCCUCCUCCUAUAUGUGCAUAGGACGAGUAGAUGCCGCGCGCAUGUGUGUGCGUGAAUGGCCGUACGUGAGCCUCUUUUAUUGUUGCGCUGUUGCCUCACUCGCCGUCGAGAGCCCUGCUGUGGAGCGCAUUGUGAGCGGGCGGGUUUUUAAAUUGUUCAGCCUUUAAAACCUUGCGCUUUUCUAUGCACUCGCGCGCGUAUUAACGUUUUUUCAGGCCUAAUGUGAAAUUGAACACUUUUUCAUUCCCUCGAAGCGCGUUAUACCUAUAUAUACGCAAACCUGCGGGGCGCGGAUCAAAAAAGAGGAAGCACGCGCAGAAUCGUCGUCCUCGCCGCCUACGCAACAGGUUGACCGGUUCGCGCGGUAGGCACGCGCCGAACCCUUUCUCGAAAGUGGUUCAACGUCUUUCUGACUGCUACCUUGUUCGUGUGUUGUAUAUAUAGUGUAUAUGUGUGUAGCACUUUCGCGCGUGCCCGGUGAAAAAUACGGACAUAAAAACGCCUCCUCGGCGAGAUCGCUCUUGCUUUUACCGACGAGUGUAUUUUCGUGCGGGUUUUGAAAUUUCCAACGAUUCGAGCUGAGUCACAUCGCGGGCUCAGCUUACUGACCCCAAUGUUCAUGCGCGUUCCCCCGCAAGGACAAGCGUUCGGUUAAUUAUUACACGAAAUAAAAGGAUCGCUUCGAGCUAGAAAGCACGCUCCCUCUCUCCCUUCCCCGGUACCAAUUUAAAAUCGAUCGAUAAAGCUCCUGCCAGAGAAACAAAAAGGACGAGGAGGGAGCCGUAUAGCUCGCGCGCAAGAUGCAAAUAUCGACUACCGCGAUACGCCUCUCCCGAGAGAAAGAGAGUCUGCGGUCACGCGGCGCGUCGAGCUGCAGCGGGCCAAGAGAGAAAGAGACAAAGGGCUCCGGCCGGCUCGCGGAUGCCAGGGCGAGAUAAGGGAAUCCAGCUUUCGCGGCGCGGCAGCAGGACGACAGCUCUGGUUCUGCGCGCGUAUAGGAGCUCGCGCAUUGUG